GAAUUUUAGCAUCAAAUCAGCAUCAGUUCAUUCAGAGCCUUCAGCAGGAAUCAGUCGAGCAAUCGAGUGCAGCAAACAAGCAGAUCAGCAAAGACAGAAAAUGGCAUUCAAAUUCCUAGCCGUCGUAGCUUUCCUGGCUGUUGCCAGCGCUCAGCACUAUCAGCAGUACCAGCCCCAGUACCACCAGUACCAACACGAGCCGGCCGUUGUCAAGACCAUCCAGCCCGCUCUUAUCAAGACCGUCCAGCCCGCUCUGGUCAAGACUGUGAAACAUGUCGAAUACCCAGAAGCCCCGGCCGAGUACCAGUUCCAGUACUCCGUGCAUGACGAACACACCGGAGACAUCAAGAGCCAGCAGGAAGAGCGCCACGGUGAUGAUGUUAAGGGACAGUACACGCUGAUCGAUGCCGAUGGUCACCGUCGCGUUGUGGACUACACCGCCGAUGAGCACAACGGAUUCAACGCCGUCGUCCGCCGUGAACCUCUGGAGGGACACAAGAUCGUCAAGACGAUCGCUCCGGUUGCCAAAGUGAUUGCCCCUCUGCCAGUUGCCAAGGUGUACAGCGCUCCGAUCACCAAGGUUGUCGCUCCUCAGGUCCACUACAGCCAUCAGCCCCACUACGAACAGCAUUAUUAAGUAACCAUUAGCUCGAUAAGACGACGUUUCCUCUAAUGGAGCAAUCUAAAUCGAACCAACUGUCUCUUUUCACCUUUCAUGCCAUGCUGCUUCAUCUUCCAUUCAUGCUAGUUCAAUUGUAAAACGAAUACAAUGUAAAUAAAAAAAACUCAAUCGUA